AUGACUGGAGAGUUGGAUCCGGUGGGUCUGGUGGAUCUGGAGGCUCUGGUUGUUGCAACACCGAAGAAGUCACCAUCAACGAUUGAACGGAAGAGAAGUUCUCAUCGGCAGAAUCACGCGACCCCACGAAGGAGAUUGGAUCACUUCGACGUGGCUCAGCCAUUACGAUGGAAAAAGAGAGACAAGACUACUAGCGGUGAUUUACCGGCGAGAUUUGGAAAAGUUCUUCGCGGAGGAAGAGGAUUCUUCGCGGAGUCUUUGGAUCCCGAGAUGAAUGAGCCGGCACGGUCAGAUGGAUUCGAAGAAGCACUAGUGCCGGAAUCCAUUUUGCUCACGAUGAAGUUUGCGGCAGCCACCUCGGUAAACGUGUAUGAGAGAGAAGCUUAG